CCCAGAGGCGCGAGUCUACAUCACCCCUCGAUUGUUGCACCAAGCUUGAGUUUAUACUCCUUUAUUCUGCUUUAGUCCAGCGCUGUAGCUGUUGAUAAUUACAGCAAUGUCCAAGUCAGAGAAACAGUUGGAUAUUCGCGUCAACAACCAGUACCGCCUCUUAAGACGACUAGGAAGCGGGGGCUUCGGUGUCGUUUACGAAGGUAUCGACGUCAUGACCUCCCAACGUGUAGCGCUCAAGCUCGAACACAUUCGAAGCGAACACUCCGAGAGCCUCCAAAAUGAAAUCGAUAUCUAUAAAAAACUCGCAGGCAGUGCCGGAAUCCCAAAAUUAUAUUGGGACGGCGAUGAAUGCGACUACAACGUCAUGGUGUUCGAACUUCUCGGACCGAACCUAGAAGACUUGUUCAACUAUUGCGGUCGACGAUUCUCGCUCCGGACGGUGCUGUUACUGGCAGACCAGCUCAUCCGCCGGUUUCAGUACAUCCAUUCCAAGGGAUUCCUCCAUCGAGAUAUUAAGCCCGCGAAUCUACUUAUGGGCCACGGAACACGAGGAAACAUCGUUUACAUCACCGAUAUGGGUCUCGCGAAGGAGUCUACGGACGUAGCAGCCGCACGGCACGGCCGGCAGCUGGAAGGUCCUGUUCUUGGUACUGCGCGGUAUGCAAGCAUUAAUGCUCACCGCGGCGUAGAGCAAUCGCCCGCAGAUGACAUGGAAGCAUUAGGAUACGUUUUCGUGUACUUCCUUCAGCAAGGCAACCUUCCUUGGAUGGGGCUCCCAGCCAAAAGCGGGUCGGAAAAAGAACUGGCCAUUCUACGGAAAAAACAGUCAACGUCACCUGAAGAGCUGUGCGACAGCUUGCCGGAUGAGUUCGUGAAAUAUUUCAACCAUAUCAAGACAUCUUGCGACAAUGAUCGGGGCGUUGACUAUAAGUAUCUGCUCCGUUUGUUCCGCAGUCUCUUCCAGCGUCAUGGUUUCGAAUACGACAAUGUCUACGACUGGACGGUCUUGAAAUACAUGGAAUAUCAGGAGAAAUGCGCUUAA